AUUUAUUUAUAUCUGUUUAUAUUCUCAAUGGCAUCAACCAUAUAAAAUCUGCAUUAGAGUAUAGUCAAUAAAGUUCUUAGGAAUUUUAGUUUUCUGGUUGAGCACUUCCCCAAAUAAGUCAUGGCUUAUAUUCUAUCCACUUCAUCAACUUCAUUGGCUACCCUCUCCUUCAAUUCUGGGGUCAGAACAACAACCACUCACCAAAUGAAGAAACUGUCCACAAUGGAAAGUUCUGUAUUUAGUGGGCUAAAACAUAAACUCCAGUUGAAGAAGGCAACAAAAGUGACCUAUACACGCUCUGCUGGCUUUAAUACUACAAUCUCUUGCUCUGUUGCUCAUCCAGAAACUCUGCAAAUUGUCCAAUGCACAAUUGCAAAGCAACUUUCUAUUGAUGAAACCACUGUGACUCCGCAAACUAAAUUUUCAGAUUUGGGUGCUGAUUCUCUUGACACUGUUGAAAUCAUGAUGGCUUUGGAAGAAAAGUUUGAAAUUUCUAUUGGAGAAGGUGGAGCUGAGAACAUCUCCACCGUCCAAGAUGCCGCUGAUCUGAUUGAGAAGGUGAAGACUUGUUCAACCUAAACGAAGCUGGGGUUAAACCAUAACUGUCCUUUCAGAUUUUGACAGAAAAUUGCUAUAGAAUGCUUAAUUUCUAAGGAAGUGUCAUCCUAGCAUUUACCUCUUAAUUUCCUCAAACAAUAAUCGCUCUUUUAGUCCUUUGAAUUGAACAAAUUGAUUGCUUGAGGCCA